AUGGGGAAUGUGGACCUCGACUCCGAGGAUGAGCCAGUUCCGGCAGUUGCCCAUGUUGCCCCCGAGAAGGACAUGGCCCUGGAUGGGUCCCACGGCUUGCACGCCGUCUCCGAGCUGAGGGUGGAGAUGGCGGAAGAGACGCAGAUGGCGCUGCUGGUGGUGGAGCCGGAAGACACCAUCGCACAGGAGCCUAUGGAAAUAGACUACGACGAUGAAGUCUUGCAGAUAGGCGAGCUGAACGAUCCCUGGAUCGAUCCUGACUAUGCCAGCCAGGAUGCUCGGAUGGAAAAGGCCUUCGGUAUCUCCGACGGCCUGCGCCCCGGUUUGGCCAGCGAUUGCCACAGAUGA